UGGCCUCGAGCCUCUGCUGCAUCGCUGAAUGGCAUGAGGAUGAGGAGGAGAGAAACAGCGACGGCGAGACGGGAGCCUGUUUUCUCAUCUGAUUUUUAAAGCCAUACAUUCUGGAGAGAGGAUCUGAUUUGUGUUGUGUUCGACCGAAGACAGAGGAAUAGCGGAUGACGGAUGAAAGGUCUGGCCGUGACCCCAAGUCUUCCUCGUCUCUCCUCCUUCUUGCAGAAGUCAUGGAUUAAAGAAGAGGGCUGUGUGUGUGUGUGUGUGUGUGUGUGUAUGUGUGUGUGUGUGCGCGUGUGUGAGAGAGAGUGUGUUUGCGAGCCCUUGGAUAUUACCAUGGUGGUGAGAUGGCUGCUGAAGAACUCCCAGUGAGAAUACAGAAAAUGAGAGCGUGACGCUCUGGCUACCACAAAGGCCACUGCUGCAGGCUGGGCAGCGCAGCCACAUGAUCACAUGACUCUGGACAUGGACGCGGUCCUGUCAGACUUUGUUCGGUCCACGGGGGCGGAACCGGGUCUGGCACGAGACCUGCUGGAGGGUAAAAACUGGGACCUUAGCGCUGCUCUGAGUGACUAUGAGCAGUUGCGACAGGUCCAUACUGCCAAUCUGCCCCAGGUGUUUAACGAGGGCCGUUACUACAAGCAGCCAGAGCGCAGCGGCACCCCCCAGCACAUCAACAAGCUGGAGCCAUGCCUGCAGAGACAAGAGGAGAACACUCAGGAGAAACGUCUCUCUCGAGGUAUCUCCCAUGCCAGCUCUGCCAUCAUGUCUCUGGCACGAAUGCACGUGACAGGCGAGUGUGCCAGGGAGCAGUUCCCUCUGGAGAUGCCCAUCUACACCUUCCAGCUGCCUGACCUGAGCGUGUACAGUGAGGACUUCCGCAGCUUUAUCGAGCGUGACCUUAUCGAGCAGUCCACCAUGGUGGCCCUGGAGCAGGCUGGGCGUCUAAACUGGUGGUCCACCAUGUGUACCAGCUGUAAAAAGCUCCUGCCAUUAGCAACAACUGGUGACGGCAACUGCCUGCUGCAUGCUGCUUCCUUAGGAAUGUGGGGCUUCCAUGACAGAGACCUGGUGCUGAGGAAGAGUCUGUAUGCCAUGAUGAAGAGUGGAGCUGAGAGAGAGGCCUUGAAGAGGAGGUGGAGAUGGCAACAGACGCAACAAAACAAAGAGUCUGGGUUGGUGUACACAGAGGAAGAGUGGGAGAGAGAGUGGAACGAGUUACUGAAGUUGGCCUCCAGCGAGCCCCGCACACACUUAAGCAAGAAUGGCAACACUAGUGGAGGUGUGGAUAACUCAGAAGAUCCGGUGUAUGAGAGUCUGGAGGAGUUCCAUGUGUUUGUGUUGGCACAUGUGCUGAGGCGGCCCAUUGUGGUUGUUGCAGACACCAUGCUCCGAGACUCCGGUGGAGAAGCAUUUGCACCUAUACCGUUUGGCGGACUCUACCUGCCCCUGGAGGUUCCCCCUAACCGCUGUCACUGCUCCCCGCUGGUGCUGGCCUAUGACCAAGCCCACUUCUCUGCUCUGGUCUCCAUGGAGCAGAGAGACCAGCAGAGAGAGCAAGCCGUCAUUCCUCUGACAGACUCCGAGCACAAGCUACUAGCGCUGCACUUUGCGGUGGAUCCGGGUAGAGACUGGGAAUGGGGGAGGGACGACAACGACAACGCCAAGCUGGCCAAUCUUAUCCUCUCAUUGGAAGCUAAGCUAAACCUUCUGCACAGUUAUAUGAAUGUAACAUGGAUUCGAAUACCAUCAGAGACAAGGGCUCCUCUUGCUCAGCCUGAAUCACCCACCGCUUCAGCAGGGGAAGAUGUGCAGUCUCUAGCCGAAUCCAUGGACUCAGACCGUGAAUCUGUCUGCAGUAACUCCAAUGUCAACAAUGGCAAGUCAAGCAAAGAGAAAGACAAGGACAAGCAGCACAAAGACAAAGACAAAGCUCGUGCUGACUCUGUGGCUAACAAGCUAGGCAGCUUCAGUAAGACUCUGGGCAUAAAGCUGAAGAAGAACAUGGGCGGCCUGGGCGGACUGGUGCAUGGCAAAAUCAGCAAGUCUGGCUCAACAAACGGGCGCACUGUGGAGAAUGGUGAGCAGAAGCCCAAGAAGAAGGACUCCAAAACACGCAAAGGAAGCAAGGAGGAGUCAGGCCAGUCUGCCAGUACGUCGUCGUCAGAGAAAGCAACGAGUCCCUCUCCUACGGACAGAGCUCCAGGCAACUCACCUGGGGAGAAACAGCCAGGUUCGGGCAAAAACCCAGGCGACCGAACACUGGACAACUGGAAGUACAGCACAGAUGUCAAGCUGAGCCUAAACAUCUUGCGGGCAGCCAUGCAGGGCGAGCGCAAGUUCAUCUUUGCCGGCCUCCUGCUGACCAGCCAUCGGCACCAAUUUCAUGAGGAGAUGAUCAGCUACUACCUGAGCAGCGCACAAGAGCGCUUCAGUGCUGAGCAGGAGCAGAAAAGAAAGGCUGAGGCAGAAAAGAAGCCCCAAACCAAUGGAGUGGCCUUGAAGAAGCCCGAACAAGAGAGUGUCUUCCAGAGAGAAUGCUCAGACAGUUCUCCGCCUGAGAGUUGCUCGCCGGUCUUGCAUCCCAGCCAUAUCCCUCAAUUGAAGACCCAGGGCAGAAACAGUCCAACCCUCGCUGCCUCUCCUAUCCCCAUCCCGAGCCCUGCCCCAGCUUCAGUCCCAACAGCAUCCUCCAUGUCGCCAGUCCCCUUCUCCUCCCCCAGUAAUGGUGCUAAAAGAUCCGGGCCCGUCCCGGUGUCGGCCCACUAUAGCCAUACCCCACCCAUCCAGAGGCACAGCGUCAUCCAUCUGCGAGACAUGAACACACAGUCGUCCAGCUACCAGGAUGAGCCCUACAAGCCUGCGAUAGGGAUGCUGAAGACCUGUGCCACGUAUCCCCAGCAGAACCGCUCGUUGUCCUCCCAAAGCUAUAGCCCGGCCCGCAUGUCUGGGGUCCGUACCGUCAACGCUGGAGAUUCCCUGCCAUACAACAUGCCCGGCGAACACAAGUCCCACACUUAUACCAAUGGCUUUGACGCUGGUGACAUCCAGGACUGCCUGGAGUUUGCUGACGAAGAACCGGCACCGCAUGCCUGGCUGGGGCACGACAAGGCAAAGGGCAGGAGCGGGACCUGUCCCAUGUACUGCUUCCAGCAGAAACGCUGCAAACGGGAGAACUGCUCCUUCUAUGGGCGUCCUGAGACUGAGAACUACUGCUCCUACUGCUACAGAGAGGAGCUGAAACGCAGGGAACGGGAGGGCAAAGUGCACCGACCUGGAUAGCCCCUGCCUGCAAACGUUCAUAUACACAUACAUACACAUUCACCAUCAGUGUGUUCAAAGCAGGCCCCUGUGAAGAACAACAGCAACACCAUCACCCUCUGCACUCUGCGAGUAAUUCGAAAAUACUGGCAUAACAGUUUCCUACUCUAUUUAAAGAAUGGUCUCCUUGCAUUCUUGUUACCUUUCUCUCAAAAGCAAAAGGACUCUGGGACUCUUACUUUACGAGAAAAGGAAGUACAACCGGAAUCAGUUUACAGCUUUGGCCAGAGAUUGUGCUGUCGUUUCUUUGUCAGUUUGCAUUUUGUCUGGUUGAAUUUGAAUCUUUUACUUGUUCUAGAGUAAAAGCUCAUGUCUGCGCAUUUUGCUCAGUCUGUAAUAUAUAAUUCCUUGUACUAGCUGAAAGAGAUGUAAAAGCAUAUGUUAAAUUCCUCUCAGCUAACCCAAAGCUGAAGGGAAAAUCCGUUCAGAGGUCAUUUGAAUGCAAUACUUCACAGCAUAGCUCUUUGAAAUCUCAAUAUCAAAUAAUGUCUUUCUGCUGUGCAUUGCAAAUAAUUAAAUAUGGGAGGGACAUGCACUGCUAAGCAUGGGAAUUUUUUUAAAAGCAAUAAGUUUGGUAAUGACCGCAACCCCUUCCUCUUUUUUAUCUAUGCAUCCAUUAUGUCAGCUGUAGUAUAUUGUCCUUUGUGCGGAUCUGAGUGUGAUUUGAUCUGCCCUGAUGUACGAAGAUUGUGGUGAAACACUUCGUUUGUUGCAAAUCAAAGUGUGCUGAAUGGUAUUGUGGAAUUAAUACUGUAAUACUUUUGAUUGCGCAGCACAUGCUAAUAAGGCCUUUGUGUACGCGGGUUUGCAUUCCAUUACGUCUGUCUUCUAUAGGCUGUAUCUGAUGCAGUACAGUGCCAUUUAUUGCUAGCUGCAUUUUGCAAUAUAUCACAUUCCCGCUAGCAAGCGGUGAGCUUGUAUAACAUAAAACUACU